AUGGACCUGCUAGAGGACCUUGAGUCCCUGCAGUUUGAGUAUGGGAUGCGACAGGAAGAUAGGAUCUUGGUGUAUUUGCUGGGCCGUUCUCGGGGACUGAUGAUCAACGCCUGUGCCCAUGCAAUCUUCUUCUGCAAAGUAGUACGUAAUUUGAGAGAAUCAUUACAAGAGAAUCAAAGUUCCAGUCCUCUCUCAAAUGAAUUCCAUCAUUUGGACAGCCCUGAUAGUGAGGAGUUAAAGGUGGGCAUCAUUGGUGGUGGCCAGCUUGGGAAUCACCUGGCUCGCACACUGCUGGAGCUUGUCCCUAUGCCUGCUCAGAGCCUACGGAUCUCCACUCGGAGGCCAGAAGUACUGGAUGAGUUGAAGGAACUGGGGAUCCAGUGCUUUUACCAUAACUCUCAUUUAGCAGCUUGGGCCAACGUGGUAUUCCUCUGCUGCCUGCCAUCUCAGCUGCCCAAUAUCUGCUUAGAAAUUCAAACCAAACUUCAGAAGACCUGCAUCGUGUACAGCUUUGUAGCCGCCAUCCCAAUAUCCAGGUUGAAACUACUACUGAACCACACCAGUAUCCUGCGACCUCAAUAUGAGUGUGCUCAAGACUUUGUCAACGUCUGGGGGACCAAUACAGAAAUCAUAGCUGCUCUCCAAGAUCCUGUGAUUCUUCGGGCUACCUGCCCCUACAGUCCUGCUGGGGGAAUAACCCUCAAUAUCAAGUGGCUGGAGGGAGUGGUCUAUGCAGCCCUAAACAUAUGCACAGCAAGAAACACAGUCACCCCACAAGCACUGCUGCUUCUCAAUGAGGUGUUUCUCUCUGUACAUUUCAAAGACUGUGAGAAGAACAGUGCAUCUUGCCCAAUGUUUCAACCAACAGAUUUUGUUAGCCAAGCCUAUGUCAAGAACUUAUCUGAGAAAAGGUCUUUCCCUUGGUUUGAUCUGACUACUGUGCAACUCAAGGAAACUCCCUUUAGCCAGCAUCUCUCAGCCAGUACUGUUCUCCAACAACACCUUACCUAUAGAUACUAUGAUUCAUUUGGCAUCUCCCUGACCCAAGUGUAG